AUGGCCCCUUCGACUAAAAGCGGCGCCAAUGCUGCAGCCAGCAGCUCGACGUCCAACACUACAGCUUCUCUUGGUAUCGGCAUCUCUUCUGCCUCGACCGGAGGUGCUGGUGGCAGCAUUGGUCUUGGACCCUUAGCUGGAGUGCCUGCCUCCGUCUAUCCAACAGACACGAUCCGAGAUGUCGCCGAAUCUCUCGGUAUCAACAGUAUGAAGGAGAGUGUCGCCGCUGCGCUCGCAGCCGACGUCGAAUACCGCAUCCGCGAGAUCGUUCAAGACGCAGCGAAGUAUAUGAGACAUUCCAAGCGCGACCAGCUCAAGACCAUCGACAUUGAUGCUGCGCUGCGAGCACGCAACAUCGAGCCAAUCUAUGGCUUCCUUCCUUCCUCGUCAGGGCGUUCCAGUGCUAGCGAUCCAUCACGAUAUACUGCAGGUCCCACCUUCCGCCGCGUUCAGACAGCUUCCGGUGUGCCGCUGCACUAUGUCGAGGAUGAGGAGAUUGACUUUGACAAAAUUUUGGAGGCCGGACCCAGGAUCGGUAUCGGUCGUGGCGUGGGUUGGGGAGCUCACUGGUUGGCAAUCGAAGGUGUGCAGCCUGCUGUACCGCAAAACCCAUCGCCGAUUGCCAUCGCAGAGGCGAAAGGCGUCUCUGGCUUCAUGGGACCCAGCUCAACACAACCGACUACGGCUGCACCGGCAGCCAAGGCCGUCACUGUUGCUGGAGGCGACGGCCAGGCGAUUGCCAAGCCACUCGUCAAGCACAUUCUAUCGCGUGAGCUUCAGCUGUACUACGAAAGGCUCACAAAAUCCAUCGUCAGCCCACCUCCAGAAGCAGAUGAAGAUCUGGAAGACGAGACCGAAGAAUGUGCUCCAGCCAUCAGGACGGCACAAGAUCAAGAUGUUGAGAUGGGCUCUGCCAGCUCACCCAAGGAUCAGAUCGACGCACCUCCAAGGCCGACCGUCACGCUUGCCAAGCCACUGAAAACGUUUGCGCAGAAGGGCUCUGGCAACCACGUUCGAGACGCUGCUCUUGCCAGCCUUCGCGGAGAUCCCGGUCUGCAUCAGCUUGUGCCGUACCUCAUCCAGUUCGUUGGCAGCAAGGUCAUCGAGACCCUGCGCUCUCCUUCCCAAGACGAUACAGCGGCAGCGUCGGACGGAUCGUCAGCAGCCAUGGCUGUGCGCGAAAGUCAACAAAUUAGCACAGCUGACAAUCACAUGCUUGGCGUGCUUCUCAGCACUGUCCAUGCCAUCCUGGUGAACCCGCACAUCUUUGUGGAGCCGUACCUGCACCAGAUGAUGCCUUCCAUCCUAUCGAUCUUGCUGACGUCGUCGUUGGCGGAGCCAGAGCUUCUGCGUCUGUCGCAAGGGAUGAACGACGGUCACCGGCCGCUCGUCACCGCUGGCCCCUCGUCCUACUCGCUGCGUGCUCAUGCGUCGGCAUUGCUCACUCAUGUCGUUGAAACGUUUGGCUCCUCGUAUCCAACGCUCAAGCCACGCGUGGUGGCCACGCUUCUCAAGGCACUCAUGACGGGUGUCUUGCCAGGAAGCAGCGAUCAAGACUCGGCACGACGCAGCGAGGCUCUUUCAGCUCGAGAACCUCGAGCCAGCCCAGGGACUAAGCUCGGUGCGCUCAUGGCACUGCGACGUCUUGGCAAGGCAAGCUUCCGCACAGUCCUCUCCAACUCGACACAGCUCAACGCUAAGCUCAGCGACAGCGCACAACCGACCGAGACAGCAGCAACACCGCUUCGUCUGCUUGGCGAAUGGAUGCAGUCGUGGGAAUCGGGCUCGCUGCACUCUGGUGAUAGCAAUCAGCAACUGCGUGCGCUGCAGAUGAAGCCCGUUAUUAACGAAGUUACGGGCGCACUGCAUGCUCUGCUCCCACCCUUUGUGGCACCCAACGCUGAGCUUAUGGGAACGAUCGAGGAGCGAAACCAAACGCUCGCAUCAACGUACGGAGAGUACUGGAUGGAAAAGGUGAUUCGAGCAGACGGCAGGGCAAGGGCUGCUCUCGAGACUGAACUAGGUAUGCGCACUAGUGCCGGCGGCUCAGCGCCCAAAGCUGCAGACGCAACCACAUCAACCCGUCAAGUGAAACACGAGCCGUGA